CUCCCGGGCGAUUGGCCAGAGGGGCCCGCCCCCACGCGGGCUCAGACAGCGCCCACCGCCAGACCCCGCCCCAGCUCGGAGAAGAGCGGCUGGAGGAUGUCUGACUGGGGAGCCGAGAAAGGAGGGAUGGAGGGAGGGAUGGGACGCUUCUAGGGCGCUGAAUGGUCGCGGCCGCGCCGGCGGGGCGGGGCGUCCGGGCUAGAGGGGUGUGAAGGGGGCUGGCUUCCCUCCUCGUUGCAUCAUCCUCGGCCCUCGCAGCGGCUUUGGGAAGCCCCGGUGCGGUGCACGCCGCUCCUGCUCCGAGCUCCAGCCCGUGCCCGGGGCCUCCUCGCCGGCCCAGCCUCUCCUGCACGUUCGUGCCCCGCACGUUCCUGCCCCGGCGCGCCAGCUGGCGAGGAGCAGGCGAGACUGCGUGCGCUUCGCUUCGCCCACCUUCCGACCCGGUCCUGUGGGGAAGCAUCCCCAGGGAUCUGCAGUCCUGCGGACGCGCUCUCGGACCAUCCCCGGGAGAACCAGCUGGCGAACAUGGAGAAGAGCAACGAGACCAACGGCUACAUCGAGGGCAAAGAGCCGGCCGCGGAGCCGGGGGCCGGGGAAGCCGGCGCGCCGGGGCGAGCGCGGCGCUGCGGGGGCUUCCUGCGGCGCAACGCGCUGGUGCUGCUGACCGUGUCCGGGGUGCUGGCGGGCGCCGGGCUGGGCGCGGCGUUGCGGGGACUGGCUCUGAGUCCCGUUCAGGCCAGCUACCUGGCCUUCCCCGGGGAAAUGCUGCUCCGCAUGCUGCGCAUGAUCAUCCUGCCGCUCGUGGUCUGCAGCCUGGUGUCGGGCGCGGCCAGCCUGGACGCCAGCUCCCUGGGCCGCCUGGGGGGCAUCGCAGUGGCCUAUUUCCUGCUGACCACGUUGGGCGCUUCGGCGCUGGCGGUCGCCCUGGCUUUCAUCAUCCAGCCGGGAGCCGGCGCUGGGGACCUCAUGCACAGCGACCUGGGGCUGGAAAGCUCAGAAACACCCCCAGUCACCAAAGACACCAUAGAUUCUUUUCUUGACCUGAUCAGAAACUUGUUUCCAUCUAACCUUGUUGUAGCUGCUUUCCGCACGUACGCAACUGAUUACAAGAGUGUCAUCCAAAACAUGACCUUUGGAAAUAUUACUUUGGAAAAGUCCAUGCAGGUCCCUUAUGGCACAGAGAUCGAAGGGAUGAAUAUUUUGGGUUUGGUCCUCUUUGCUCUGGUCUUGGGAGUCGCCUUGAAGAAGCUAGGAUCAGAAGGAGAAGAACUGAUCCGUUUCUUCAAUGCCUUCAAUGAGGCAACCAUGGUGCUAGUGUCUUGGAUUAUGUGGUAUGUUCCUGUGGGUAUUAUGUUCCUUGUUGGAAGUAAGAUUGUAGAAAUGAAAGACAUUGUCACCUUGGUGACCAGCCUAGGGAAGUACAUCUUUGCAUCAAUUCUGGGCCACAUCAUCCAUGGAGGGAUUGUUCUGCCGCUCACUUAUUUUAUUUUUACACGGAAAAACCCGUUCCAAUUUCUUCUUGGACUCCUCACACCAUUUGCAACAGCCUUUGCAACUUGCUCCAGCUCUGCAACCCUCCCCUCCAUGAUCAAGUGCAUUGAAGAAAAUAAUGGUGUCGAUAAAAGAAUCAGUAGGUUCAUCCUUCCCAUUGGGGCCACCGUGAACAUGGAUGGGGCAGCCAUUUUCCAAUGUGUGGCAACUGUUUUCAUUGCCCAGCUGAACAAUGUAGACCUAAAUGCAGGACAGAUUUUCACUAUUCUGGUGACCGCCACAGCCUCCAGUGUCGGAGCCGCCGGGGUGCCAGCAGGAGGCGUCCUCACCAUCGCCAUCAUCCUGGAAGCCAUUGGACUCCCCACUCGUGAUCUCUCCCUGAUCCUGGCAGUGGACUGGAUAGUGGACCGUACCACCACUGUGGUGAAUGUGGAAGGGGAUGCCCUGGGGGCUGGAAUCCUCCAUUACCUGAAUGAGAAGGCGACAAAGAUGGUGGACCACGAACUCAGCGAGGUGAAAGUAGAAGCGGUCCCCAACUGCAAGUCUGAGGAUGAGACCUCCCCUCUGGUGACCCACCGAAACCCAGCUCUGCCUCCGGCCAGCGCCCCUGACUUAGAGUCCAAGGAGUCAGUCCUGUGAGCAGCGGUGAGGUCUCACACUGGGCCUGCCAGAGGCAGAGUGCCGAUAUCCUGACUCUGCCACACCUGGACCAAGCACCUCCUGGACCUUUGUGCCUCCUGAGGGAUGCUUUGGGACAACAUUCUAGGCAAUUUGUGUUACUUAGCGUGUGUUCUGGGGCUUCACAGUGGGACCCAUUUAUCUUCAACCGGAACAAACACUUCCAUGUUUCUCUCUCUUCAUGUGCAGACGCUGCUCUGUGUCUGAGUCUGUGUGUGUGUCUGCUCUUACGUGUACAUACAUGCGAGUGUCCAUUUCUAAACAUCAUCCCCAAGACCUGCCACCAGCACAUGCUGAUUAAAGCUUAGAAAAGAGCAAAUAUAAUCUUUGCUAGUUAGCCUGUGUAGGAGGGGCUGUCUUCCCACACAGGUAGAAGGUCUGUGGAAGUAGGGAGCAUCCCUAGGGACUCCCCAAUAUUGCCUAGUGGGUGGAAGCAAGCAAAAAAUAUAACAAAAUUAGCUUUCUUCCCCCCUUCUCUCUUGCCCACUUACCCUUCUAACCUUCCCAACAAAUGGAAUCCAUAAACAGAGCAAUCCAGUAUUGUUUGGAGAGGUCAUACCUAAGCGAGUGCAUAUGCCUUCUGCAAUCGUGCUCAUGCUUUGCCCAGUGGGAGCCUCAUACUUGGGCUUCAGCAUCAUUCCUGUGCCAGUCAGUGACAUGGGGUCUCGACUCCUAGGGAGACUGAGGUAGGCUCCCUUUUAGCCCAGAGCCCCAGCUAGCUCAGUCCCCAUCAGAGCUGAUCAUUUCCCUCAGGUUGGCAAGCUGGAAUUUUGGCAGUUCUGAGUUGUAUGUCUGGUAAUUAAUUCUGGUCUGACAGAAGGUCACAAGAUCACACUUUCUGUGGUGCUGUACCCAUGGUGUAAUGUCAGCUGUCUCAUUUAGGGAGGGUGUGAGAGAGAGAGACAGAGACAGAAAAUUAUGUAUUUCAUCAAAGUAUUUUAAUUCUGCUACUCCAUCUCUUAGGGCAACACAUUGGCAAUGGGACAUCUCCAGAGACCAGGAAAGGGUACCAUGUAAUUCCAGAUUCCCUUGUUUUGAUUUGAGUUGGCUGUUUGGAGUGGAACCUAAUGUACUCUAAAAGGAAUCGAUGGGGGGGAAAAUCAGAAAAUGCCCAACAUGGCCUGCAUUCCUGCAGUGAUACAUUGGCUCCCUCUGAACCAAACUUUGUCAGAGUUUCUGAUGCGCUGGAUGAAGAAGGCAAGGGGUUCCUCCUAGAGGGGGGAGACCCCCGAUCUCUUUCUGAUGCUGAUACUUCAUCCUUGGGUGAUCUUGUCACUGUAUCUCAUUCUUCUCCCCUCCCUCCCCAGUCUGUAAAAUGGGCAUGAUAAUACCUGCUUUUACCUACCUCACAGGGAUUUGGUGAGGUCAAAGUUAAGCUGAAUUAAUCUAAGAAAAGAUCACCAAGCUCUUUUAAAGGAAAUAUCUGGGAGGUAUCUGUAUUUAAUGGCCAAAUAAUAACUUUGUCCAAACAGGCAUCGAUCAUAGUCGUUCUGAUUUUUGUAAGCAGAGCUUUGUUCCGUGUUUGUAUGUGUGUAAACACCAACCUCCAUUGUGUUGCAUGAAAUUUUGUGUGUGUGCUUUUUAUAAUGAGUUCCCUCGAAUCUGUUGCUGGAUUUUCUUAGUAAUGGAAGGUUUCAUCUCCUUAAAUCAUUGUCAUUCUUCUCCCUAACUAUUUGGUUGUUCUUCAUUGGAGUGAAUGAAAGGGCGGUUUUGUAAUACCUGGCUUGGCUGGUGCUCACAGUUAAGGGUAGUAAUUAUCGCAGAAUGUGUUCAGUUGCAUUUGAGGUGAGCCGCACUCCCCAAUCCAGACUGUUCCAAAUCCAUCCGCAAUUUUUUUCCAUCCUUCUCACUUAUCCUAAAGCUACAGGAGAAGGGUGAGCUCUCAUAAGGACGCACUGGACCCCCACUGCUUAGCAUAGUGCCUGGCACAUAGUAGGCGCUUAAUAAAUGUUUAUUGAUUGAUUGAUUAAAAGGGAUAGGAGGGGGAGGUUGUAACAGGGAGAAUCCCUCCCUCCUUCCUCCUCUACACUUCCUCUAUCUUUUACAUAAAUGUGUACGCUGGAUCUGUGCCUAGGCAGGAGACAAGGAAGGACCCAAAGAACAUGUAGAAGUGACAAACAAGUCUCAGUUCCCCUGUACUCCAGAGAAAAAUCCUUUUCUUUGGCUCACUUGAAGCCGCCUUAGCUAAACAGUCCUUUUGUGAAGCUCUGGGACAGCCAAAGGCCAGUCCCUUAAAUGGAAAAAUAAACGGAGGUCAAUGAAAAAGGCAAGCAAGAUUUAGACACAUUUUUCUCUUUCAUAGGCACAGGGGAGCUCAUUGCUAAUGUCCUAGACUCAGAAGAGAAGAUACUGUACUAAUUUUUAAACAAUUAAAUCUUCCCUUCCUAUUUCCCACUCUUGCCUCAAAAAAGUAUAUUAAGUGCACACUGAUGGUUUGCUUUUUGUUUUAGUUAACCAUUGAAAAAUGGUUUCUAUCUAUUAAGCUUUUACUCUGCUUGGACUUUGGCCUAAACUGCCAGAAAUGAACGGCCAGAUGUCCUGAUUUGGUCCCCAAAUUCCCCCUUCAUUCACUCAUUCAGCCCAAGGCAAUUAUGUUGUUGGAAGGAAAAAGAGCUGAGAAAAUAAAACCUAAUCAUAUAAUAUGACAGUGCUUGACCUUAGAAGCUUAAGGGGAAAAGAAGAGAAUUUAAGUUAAUCUAUUCAGUUAAUCAACCCUCUUUGAGAUAUUGAAAGGAAUGGGAAUUGACAACUUCUUUUUGCUUUUGUCUGGUCCAAGCCUUUUGGGAUUUUUUUUUUUUUUUUGGUAGAAAUUCUUUCACAAUGUCCGUGACAAAGUCUUUCUACUUGUCCUUUUUUGAUAUUUGUUGUAAACGGUGGUUUUCUCUAAUGGCCCUUUGUGUGUGUGCGUGCGUGUGUCUGUGUGUAUGUGUGUGUGUGUGUGUGAGACUUGCCUUAAAACAGAGCACAGUCUUUACCAACAAAUACAUGAUUUCUACUGGUUUCUGCUGCCUCUUUAUCCUUUUCUGUUCCACUCAUUAUAACAAGCCACGUUUUAAGAUCAGACUUAAUGGGGUGAUCACCAAAAAGAAGGCCCAUUGAUCAUCUUCUUGGGUGUCUUUGGUGGACCUAGAUUGGGAUUUUUAAUACUCUCCUAUGCCGAUGAGGAGCAUAAGGUAGUGUUGGGGGUGAAAUGAUAGCUUCAGGUCUUGUCUCUGACACACACUAGCAGAGUAAACAGAAAGAAGUCACAUAACCUCUCAAUACCCCCAAACAACUCCUUAAGACUGUAAGGGGCAGAAUAUUGUGGGCAGUUGAAGGGCCUUUCCAUGUUGAAAGUUCUCCACAGCAAUGGACCUCUCCCUCCUCCCCAAAAAAAACUCCUUAGAAAAGCAUAUUACUCAGUAUUAUCCCUGAAUACCUUAUGAGAACCUGGAGCAGUGGAAGCAAAGUUAAGAAAAGGGUAGCUAUUGUGAUGGGCAGCUAGGUGGUACAGAGGAUAAGAGUCCUAAGCUUGGAAGUAGGAAGACUCCUUCCUGAGUUCAAAUCUGACCUCAGAGGCUUAAUAGCUAUAUGAUCCUGGGCAAAUCACUUAGCCCAUCUGGAGAAGGAGAUGGCAAAUCACUCUAGUAUCUUUGCCAAGAAAACUCCAAAUGGGGUCACAAAGACAUGACUGAACAACAAAGCUAUCGUGACAUAAAUUCAAGAUAUAAUAACUGACUUGCUGCUGAAAAAUAAUGGAUUUUCCUCUUUUUAAAAUAUUAAGAAAGAAUUAAACAAUUUUGGAUUUCCAUUGGCACUAGCAUGGAUCUCUGGGUCAGUUUUCUAUGUUGACUGCUGGUUAAAUCCUCUCAUAACCAGUUAGAGCUAAAGAUUGGGGAUGGAAAAAAAUAGUCAACCUCCAACUGGUGGUGUUCACAUUCCUUUCAUUACUCUAUGCACAAAACUGUAGCAUGACUGAAGAAUUUGCUUUGUGAUAAAAUUAUCUUUAGAUAAUAAAAAUAGUCUACAAAUUUA